AUGCACACGCAAAAUAAUAGUUUGGACUCGAACGGGAGCCUUAAACUCGAACACGCUGUCCCAAUUGUGCCGCCCCGGGUACAUAUAGAGAUAGCCGCAUGGAAAACGGAUGCGGCAUUCUCUAGCAGCGACCAUGUCACUUAUCCUGCGGAAUCACAACAUACCCUUCUCUCACGACCGUCUCCCACUGCAUCCAGUAACUCCAAAGCCGCUCUAGACAUUCCGGACGGGGUCAGUGCUUAUACACAGAACGAUCGAGGCUAUGCUGCGGCCGUAGAGGCUUUCAAUUCAUCUUUGCCUGGCUCGGAGGAACUUCCGAAAGAUUCGGAAAAUGAUUUCAAGGGUAUAGGUUCCCAUUUCAUGAAUGGCGUCUCAAACAACAUUGGCGCGACUGCAGUCACAUCUAUGAGCCUCGAAGUCAGCAACUGUCUCUCGUACUACGCUGGGGACGAAAAUGAACAAGACUGGCUUCCUGUGACCGAUCUACUCAGAAUUUUCACAAGAGACUCUGUGCUUCAAGCCUUGAAAGAGGCUUUGGCCGACGAAGCACCAUUGGAGUAUACUCUGCAGGCUUAUGCGGGCAAAAUUUGUCCUGAUCCGGAAGACAAUCGCAGCGUCGGCUCUCGAAGUGUAUUUGCCAUUCUUACGCAUCUCGGGAAGGUGGAGGAAAUACGGCAGUUUAUUGACCGAGACCUGACGGACGACGACUUGCCAUUUACUAAACGACCUGGAGCAAAGGACCUAAUUGGCCGACUCUACCCAAAGAGUCUUACUGAUGGAGAACUGGUCUGCUGGGACUUCGGAAGUCAAUGGCACCGUAGCGACUGGACGGCCUUCAACACAUACCAGAAGAAGAUGCGCUCGCCAUUUUUCUUGCUUGAGGACAGCCGCAAUAGAAUACCACACUACGAUUUGGAGGCGGGAACCGUUCUUCCGUUCAUAAAGGACUAUGGACCAAAAGAAACGACUCGAUACAGUCAAGUACGACGUGUCAAAAUACACCCGGGACACUUCAAGGUCUACAACGAUACGAAAGAAAAGGCUCCAUCUUUUGCUGUCAAACAACUUUUGCCUGAGCAAGACAAUUCACAACACACUCGGGAGUGCAAUUUCCGAGAAGAAGUCAGGGCUUUGUCAAAGAUUGUCAGCCAUUCGAGUCACGACCAUGUCAUUAGGCUUUUGGCCACCUGGAAACAAGGUGAUAAAUGGAACAUGCUCUUCCCUUGGGCCGAGAGCAAUCUCAAGGAGUACUGGUUGAACCAUGACCCGCCAAAUACACCAAAGUCCCUUCGAUGGGUAGCGGCUCAGUGCCGUGGUCUCGCUGAAGGUCUGCAGAAGAUUCACAGAAGCCCGUCUGAACAUGCUACAGAUUUCGGAAUACAUGGGGAUAUCAAGCCUGAAAACAUCCUCCUGUUUGUGAAUGAGAAAUACCCUGACGGAAUUCUGGUGAUCAGCGACUUCGGAUUCACUCGGUUCCAUGGCCGAGAUACUCGAUCCAACAAACCGGCUGUCGGAUAUAGCCCGACGCAUCGAGCACCCGAGGUUGACCUUCAGCAUCCUAUUUCUAGGUCUUACGACAUAUGGGCUUUGGGUUGCGUGUUUCUCGAGUUUAUCGCAUGGUAUCUCACUGGAACAGACGGCGUCAAGACAGACUUCGUGCAGCUCAGAGUGAAUGAUGAUGUCGGGGGAUAUCCAAUCAAGUACGACAAAUUUUUCAACAUUCGGGUCACAGGAGACGGUAAGAAAGAGCCAGAAGUGAAGUCUUCAGUCCGAAAGUGGAUUGAUGAGGUACGAAACGAACGACCAUGCAGCCAAUACUUCAAGGAAUUUCUUUCUUUCAUACUCAACGACAUGUUGUCUGUCGACCCCAAAGGCCGCGCGAAAUGCGACAAAGUUGCCACUGAACUGAGAACUUUAGAGUCUUCUUUUGCUUGGAAUAGCACGGAUUACUCGGAAGACCCAAGUGCUCUCGAGGCUGAAUCAUUAUCUCCAACCAGAGUCGCCCUCGCUAAACAUGAAGCUCAGAAACAUGUUCCCAGGUCUAUCCCCUCGAUGAAAUACCAAGAGCACAAUGAAACCUGGGGUCCUUGGAGCGAGCGUUGCUCGAAUCCAUCAGAAGGGAAGAGCAAAAAGCCUGGGUCAAUGGCGAACAUUACCGCAGUCCUGCCAGCUAAAGUUGAAGGGCAUAGUGAGGCGACUAGAGAUGAACAGACCUUUGGGACAGGUAUGAUACGGACCGAAGCAUCUGCAGCAGACGCCGAGAGGAGACAGCUCAUCCUUGGUUCUUCGAGAUUCGAUGUGCAAACUCAGCCACAAGCACCAUUUCCGAUGACGAAUGGGCCAUCGAAGACUUCGCCGGAUAUUGCGGCGAGACUUGAGACUAGAAGUCAGCCAAAGACAUAUCCCCACAGUACUACGGCAGAUAGCGAAGAAACUAGGGCAACUGGCGUUACUGCGGAGGUUCAAAAAAGUCCAGGAGAUGAGUGGACUGGGGCGAUUGGGCCAGGUCCUCCGCCUCCUCAUCAGGUACGGGAAGGUGACUCGUUUAUGCUGAAAGCGAUGCUCAAUUGGUGCUUUCCAUGCUCUCGACCCUAA